UCUAAAAAAGUUGCGAGAAAAAGUGGAAAAAAGUAAACAAACUAAUUGCAUGGAUAAGUGCGAAUGUUUUUACAUUUAUCUCUAUAAUUCUGAAUUAAGCUUAUUACGAAUUUAUUACAGUUUUUACUUCAAACUACGACGAAUCUUUUUCAACAGUACUAAAAGGAAUAUUUUUAUUGCCUUGCUUCAAAAUCGACGGCGAAAGUGUAGUAGUACCACCGGUAGAAAAUAGAGCUGUUUGAACGAUUUUUACCGCGGACUUACCAGGGAUAGUAAUAUGGAUGAUAUAGAUAAUUGGGUCAAGAAGUCUUAUGUGAAAUGUGUAGUUCCUUCUUGCUCACAAAGACGUGAAAUCGGAAUAUCGUUUCAUAAGUUUCCGGAUAAGCGGCGGCAUACCAAUCGAUAUCAUGAAUGGGUAAAAGCGCUACAACUGGAAUAUAAUCCGAACCAGUAUGCCGUCAUUUGCAGUCGCCACUUUAAAAUAAAUGAUUUCUACUAUAUCAAAACUUCGGAUCAAAAGAAACUGAUUUUGCGUAGCGAAGCCAUUCCUCACAUUUUUCAAGAGCUUCCGGGGAAACAAAUUCAUGAACUCGGAGAUGCCCGAGAUGUACACGCUGAAGAGCAUACUGUGAAAAGGCUAAACAAUGACUCGAUUGUAUAUGAAACGCGGCAUAACGACAUCAGUUUUCACGACCAAGUUCCAGAUUCAGUGAAACAAAUUCCAGAGGUCGGUGAAACUCGAGAGGAAUAUAUUGAAGCACAGACUGUGAAAAAGGAAACUAAUGAUUCUUUUAUAAGUCAAGUUAAUAAUAACUUUAACGAUAUUGGUUUUCACGAAGCCCGUAUGUACAUAAACGCAGAAGUUCAAGUUGAUACAAGGGACAUCGACUCUUUGUGGUUAAAGCCAGAACGACCUACACUUGUGUUGAAGACUGAAGAACAGCUGACGGCUUGGACUGGACUAGGACAGUUCAAGCUAUUGGAUGUUAUCGUACAAGCCGUACAGAUGGUACCGGAAGCCACAAUGUUUGCGAAAUGGGAUAUUAGUAUAAGAAACUUAGUUACGCUUGUGUUUGUCAAACUUAAGACAAAUCUAUCAUUCCGUUGCAUAUCCAGUAUGUAUGGAGUAUGCCCCAAAACCUGCUCAAAAUAUUUUAAUACUUUCAUUCCAAUCCUUGCUGAUGUAAUGCGUAUAGCAGUUCCAUGGUUUGACAAAGACAUCGUAUCCAAUGAUCUACCAUAUCAUUUUCGACAAUAUAAAAAUGUACGAGCUGUCCUGGAUUGUACUGAAAUUCCAAUUCAAAGGCCAACCUGCUUGCAUUGCCGAAUUAUUAGCUACUCUCAUUACAAAGGACGAGAAACAGCAAAGUACAUGGUUUCAAUCACUCCAGGAGGAUGCUUCAAUUUCAUCAGUCCAGGCUACGUCGGAAAAGCUUCGGAUAAAUUCAUUUUUAAUCAUUGUGAUAUUCUCCCUCUUUUUGAUAAACACGACGCUGUUAUGGUGGACAAAGGAUUUUCAAUUUCCCAAGAACUUGCGGCACAUCACUUAGAAAUGAUACGACCACCUACGCUUUUCGAUGGACAACUUAGUAAGGAAAAAUGUUUCUAUCGCGAGUGCUAG